CUCCGAAGAAAGUUAAUUCUUUGGAAUUAUUUAAACCGGUUUUGUUACGACCGACCUCACUCUUAUAUUUCUUCCGCAAACGGCACUUGUUGAGAAGCUCUCCUGCUCUUCGGUCUUGUUCAUUACAUCAUAGAAUGUCUUGAAGAAGAGAAGAGAUGUCUGUCAUUCAUGCAGAGAGCGAUGGUUAUGUCUCGCCCAUCGACGAAGAAGACGAUGACAUCUCUCAGGUGGCAGAAUUCUACAGGGGAAGAUCUGUCUUCAUCACUGGAGUCACAGGAUUUGUCGGAAAGGUGCUGCUGGAAAAGUUGCUCAGAUCUUGUCCCCGAAUCCGAAACGUGUACGUCCUUCUGAGGUCAAAAGAUGGACAAAGUCCAAGACAAAGGCUGGAUGAGUUACUCACAUGUCAGGUAUUUUGCAAGAUAAAACAUGAAAAUCCGUCCAUUCUGACAAAGAUUGUUCCCAUCAGUGGUGACAUAUGUGCUCCAGAUCUGGGAAUAAGCCAGUCGGACACCAGCAUGCUCCUAAAGAAUGUAUCUGUCGUCUUCCACUCGGCUGCAACAGUUCGAUUUGAUGAGCCGCUCAGGAAAUCUAUUGAAGUGAACGUGGUGGGGACAGAGAGGGUUUUGCAACUUUGUCACAAGAUGACUCAAAUCGCAGCCCUGAUUCACGUAUCCACAGCCUACAGUUACUGCAACAGAAAGGAAGUCGAUGAAAUCGUUUAUAAGGAGAAGGUAUCACCUCAGAAAGUGAUCGAUAUAGCUGAGUGGAUGGAUGAGUCCCUACUCGAAAGUUUCUUGCCUAAAUUGAUGGACGGAAGACCCACAACUUACCAUUACAGCAAAGCAAUGGCGGAGAAUCUCCUCGUUUCGGACAGAGGGGAUGUUCCUGUGGCCAUCGUCCGUCCUUCCAUUGUGACCGCUGCUUAUAAAGAACCCAUGCCUGGAUGGGUGGAUGGAGUGAAUGGACCUUCAGCUUUCAUCAUUAUGACGGGCAGAGGUCUACUUCGCACAAUGCUGGUGUACGAAGGGACGGUAGUGGAUUGGAUUCCUGUAGAUUUGCUAGCCAAUGUCCUUCUCACAGCUGCAUGGCACAUUGGAACACACAAGCCCAAUUCCGUGAAGGUGUUUAACUGCACAUCGGGUAACCUGAACAGGGUGACGUGGUCGGACAUCGAGAGGACAGCCUAUCCUCUCAUCAUCAAGCACCCGAGUCUCAAGAUCCUGAGGUAUCCGGGAGGAAGUUUCAAGUCCAGUCCAUUCCUCAACAAGCUCUCCAUCAAACUGGAACACAGUCUGCCGGCUCACGUCAUCGAUGCACUCUCAUCCAUCAUAGGUCUCAAAACAGAGUACGUGAGUAUGGUGCGUAGGAUGGAGAGGGCUGCUGGAUACCUUCAGUACUUUACUACCAAAGAAUGGACAUUCCGCAGUAACAACUACUUGCACCUCAGGGAACUACAAUCAGCCAGAGACAGAAAGGAAUUCGACAUCGACAUUCGACCGAUUGAGUGGACUCCUUAUCUGGAGAGUUAUGUUCUAGGAGUGAGGAAAUAUAUUCUCGGUGAAGAUGAUUCCACAUUGCCAGCGGCAAGGAAAAAAAUCAACAGGCUGUACUAUGCAGGCAUCUUGGGACAGGUGAGUGUUCUGUUGGGAGUGUUGUACAUCCUUCUGAAGAGGACGAAUCUCUCUCAUUAUCUGUUGUGGGGUGCAAUCAGUCUCUCCUUUCGAAUCAUGCAGCACAUGCCAGACAGUUGGAUACGUUACCUCAACUCAGCAUAAUCACUAUUGUAUAAUUAAUAAAGAAACUGUUUCUAUUCUU